CAAUAUAAGCAGGACCUACAAAAGAUGGUGAAGACUGGCUCAACAAGCAACGGAGAGGCGUCAAUGAAGGUCAAAAGAAGGUCGAACGACCUAAGAACAGCUUCGGAAGCGACCGAAACACCUGAAUCGUUGUUCUUGGAUCAAUCUGAGAUUUUGAAAUCCAUGAUGGCGGCAAAGGUGUCCAAAGGAAAAGAGCGAGAGACAAGCUCAGAGGGCUCGGAUGGAGAAGAUGGGGUCGACUCGGAGGACGAUAUCGAGCUUGAAGAUGUGUCUGAGCCGGGAGACGACCUAUCAGCUCGCAGCCCGCGGCGCUUGCAAUCAGAUAUCGACGGGAGCAGCGAGGCCGAAUCCUCCUGGGCGGCAUCUCGACGAGCUUCGCCGCCGAACCAGAGGCUGACAGCUCUAGGGGUCUCCAGGAUUAGCCUUGGUAAGACUCGGGGAGUUCAGAAACCUUCAGCCGACGAGCCCAAGCCGUCGCUUUUCUCCUCGGCAGGGUCCAAGAAUGAGACAUUUGAAUCACUUGGAUUGUCAAGACCACUCAUCACUGCGUUAGCUGGAAUCAGCAUACGGUCUCCCACGGAGAUCCAAUCGGCUUGUGUUCCUCAGAUCCUCAAAGGCAGAGACUGUAUCGGCGGCGCUAAGACUGGAAGUGGUAAAACCCUAGCAUUCGCCCUGCCCAUCGUGGAACGCAUUGCCCGGGAUCCUUUUGGAAUCUGGGCUGUCGUCUUAACGCCUACUCGAGAACUGGCUUAUCAACUGGCAGAGCAAUUCAUAGCUGUUGGGAAACCUUUGGGUUUGGAAACGAUCACGGUGGUAGGAGGGAUGGAUAUGAUGGGUCAAGCUGCAGCGUUGGAAAAAAGACCUCAUAUUGUCGUUGCUACACCUGGAAGGCUCUGUGAUCUACUGAGGAGUAGUUCUGGAGGUGUCAACAAAUUGUCAAGAGCCAAAGUCCUGGUCCUCGAUGAAGCCGAUAGGAUGCUCACACCGACUUUUGCGCCUGAUCUCGCGUACCUUUUCUCGCAGAUGCCUGCAGAUCGCCAGACGUGCCUCUUCACCGCGACUAUCAACGACACAAUCUUGCAGCUCGCCGAGAAGCCAGCUCAGCCAGGCAGACCAAAGCCAUUCAUGUAUCGCGUCGAAUCGGACACCAAAACCGUCUUAGACCUAAAGCAAAAGUACCUCUUCAUCCCGAGUCAGAUCAGAGAUCCGUACCUCGUUUACCUGCUUCAUCAUCCGCCUUCCGACAUUGACACGAUUCUGCGUACUACGGCGAAGCCGAACAAAGACAUAGCAAAUAUGACUAAAUCACGGAAAAGGAGACAGCGGAGCGAGAGUGAAGAAUCUGAGGAUGAUUUACCGCCUAUACCCUCUACCAUCAUUUUCACUCAACGAUGUGCCACAGCUCAUCUCGUACAUCUCCUGUUAAACCAAUUGGAGAUCCCUUCCGUGCCGCUACACUCGCACCUCACACAGCCGCAUCGGCUGGAGUCCCUUGCCCGAUUUCGAGCUCAGCAAGUCCCUAUCCUAGUCACCACGGACGUUGGAUCGAGAGGACUAGAUAUACCUCAAGUGGCAAUGGUGAUCAACUGGGAUUGUCCUCGACGAUCUGAUGAUUAUAUUCACCGAGUAGGACGUACUGCUCGAGCUGGCCGAGGCGGUGUGGCCGUCACCGUCGUCACGGAGAAAGACGUGGACCUCGUUCAGAUGAUAGAAUCCGAAGUGGGGGUCAAGAUGGAGGAAUUAGAUUUGCCCGAGGAGCAAGUAUUGGAGAGUCUCAAUUCUGUCUCUGUAGCGAGGCGUGUGGCGACCAUGGAAAUGCACGAUACGGGCUUCGGCGAGAGGCAGGCGACGAACAAGGCCAAGGCACUACGUAACGUCAAGAGGGCAAAACGGGACGCCGGCGCCAAAGCCUAAGAUUUCAGCGGGCUGCCUGAGGCCGGACCCUGUCGGGUGUGGAGAUUGCCAGUCGAUGGACCUCGCCAUUCUGUAUGCAUUCUUUUCGGCCGCCUCCAUCACCCGAAUGGCCGAACUUUUUUUUUCCGCAGAUCUGACGUGC